AUGAAAUAUCAACAUUGGGUGAAGAUUGUCCUACUUUUGCUAGGGGUCAAAGCCAACCGGUAUUUUCAUCAAUACCACUUAAUCCUCGAGUCGAAGACCUGGACCGAAGCCCAGAGAUACUGCAGAGAGAAGUACACUGACCUGGCCACCGUAGACAACAUGGAGGACAUGAACCAGUUGAUGGCAGCUGGAAAGGGUUACAGUGGGGAAGUCUGGCUGGGCCUAGUGAGAGCAAACACCGGGAGAUGGCAGUGGUCCGAUGGCAGUAGAGACCUCCAUUACACGAACUGGGCCGCCACUGAACCCAAUGACAUCGAUGGUACUGGAAACUGCGUGGAGAUCAACAGUUUGGGGAAGUGGAAUGAUCUUUCAUACCAGACGCAGAACUACGUGGCCUGCUACGAAUGUGAAGCGUUUGACUGCAGAUCAAGAGACGACGUGAAAGGAGAGCCCUUCUUCGUCGUGCACUCAGGAUCCUGGACGUGGAACGAGUCUCAGAUUCACUGCAAGGAAGCCCACGUGGACAUGGCUGUCGUGUUGUCCAAGGAGGAUAAUGAGGUGAUCCGCGGCCUUGCCUUCAACAACUCAGUCUGGAUCGGCCUUUUCCGAGAAUACUGGGAAUGGUCCGACCCGAGCGCAACCUACUUCAGGUACUGGAAAAGGGAAAAACCGGACAAUCUCGGCGGCAAUGAGAACUGCGUGCUCUCCGUCUUGGGCGAGCAGGGAGUCUGGGACGACUGGCCUUGCGAGUGGCAGUUUCCUUUCUUCUGUCACGGACCCCUCAAAUCCAAGUUGUCAGUGGUGAAAACUAGGAUUCUCUCUACUUCUGACCCGAAUGAGCUGGGCAUCUCUGACCAGCUGCUACAGCAGCUUCAGGUACAACUGGGAAACCUAAAAGUUUCUGACUACAGACUUAGCUGGAAGGUUCAGCAGGAUGGGCAGAUUUUCCAGGAGGAAGAGGAGGGAGGACCUGAACAGAAAGGUGGCUGUGAGGUGGAGGAAGGAUAGACGACAUGGCUGACCCAGGAUGCAAAACAAGCAGACCCAGGAAGCAAAACACGCAAACCCCCGAAGGAUUGCACAUCCGAGUUAGGGAAUGUCUAGAUUUGUAUUUGUUUGAUUGAUUCAUCUGUUGAUAGGAAAGAUUGAAACAAAGGCUGACAAUAACAAUGUUUUGAAAUUGACAUUUAAGCUAUUUUGAGCGAUGAAUUAAAAGUACAGAUAGAAAUGCAAGGUAAAUACUGAUAAAUUAAACAAUGUAGGCCUAAUCACGUUUGAAUAUGUGGAUCAUUAACAAAUGGUGUGUACAUGGGACGUCUAAUUAUUAAGAGAGCAAUAAGUGAGGUAAACCUUAAAUGUAUGCAAAUCUGUUCACUGGUGAAAAACAUUUUGAUGAAGACAUUUUGUUUUGGU